AUGAAACUUUUUUUUUUUUUUCUUUUGUCUUAUAGAGGGGAAUACCAAUUGGACAGUUUUUGUAAAGAGUUUAAUGAGAAGACGAAAGACAUCAUUGAAGGAGUCCCUUUGCGUGUAAAGGUUUUAGUUAAUCCUGAUAGAACAUACCAAAUGCAGAUUGGGUUGCCACCUACAUCUUACUUCCUCAAAGCUGCUGCUGGCAUUGAAAAAGGUGCUGCACAGACAGGUCAUGAAGUUGCAGGAAUGGUGACCUUGAAGCAGUUAUAUGAAAUAGCACUGGUGAAAUCUAAAGAUGAAUCGUUUGUUCUCCGGGAUGUACCAUUGGUGGAAGUGGUAAAGUGUCUCCAUGGCAGUGCCAAAUCACUGGGAAUCAAAGUUGUCAGGGAGUAA